AUGCCUUCCUCAUCGCCCCAGCCGAGGCGUUCCGGUAUCGCGGACCUCUGGACGCCACGCGGCUCGUCCUCUGCGUCGUCGACAUCACCAUCGGGCGCAUUCAACCCUGCACGCUCUACGCGUUCGUACCUUGCGCGCCUGCCACUGUUCACACGCGCUGUCGCCGCCUUGAUCGUGGCUCUGUAUCUUCUGGACUGGCUGCCGAUUUGGGACCUGCGCGCGUGGGGCGGCCUUGUCCCGUCGAAGCUGUCUUUUGCGACCCUCUACCGCACGAAUACCUUCCCCCUGAUACACAUGGGUUUGUUCCACGUGGUCGCAAACGUAGCGGCCCUGGUGCCACUGCUCGACCGGUUUGAGUGCGAGCAUGGCACGAUCACGACGCUGGCGCUGUUCUUUGGACCCUUCUCCACGCUUCCGGCAUUGAUCUACGUCUGCUUCGAACGCAUCUUCCGCAUGGACACGGCGGUGAUGGGUGCCAGCGUCUGGGUAUUCCUCCUCCUUGGCGUUGAGGCCAUUCGCACAUACCGCCAAAACCCGGCCCUGGUCAUCGCCUCUGUGCCCGUCCCGACCUGGGCCACGCCGCUUUUCUUCGUCUUUGUCAUUGCCGUCUUCAUCCCCAACACGAGCUUGCCAGGCCACUUGGCCGGCCUCGGCGUUGGCUACCUGUGUGGUCUCGGCUACCUCAAGUUCUUGUCCCCGCCCGAGUCGGCCCUUCGCUGGAUCGAGGCCCGUCUCAACCUCCUGGCACGCGUGCCGCACUAUGUCAGCGUCGACCAGAAGACGUACGGCCGUUUUGGAGUACUGCCGAGCGUAAACGCCGGCACAACAGGCGCAGCCCCGGCUAUCGGCCUCGUGGGCUCGACCCAGCGCCUGGGUCCUUAG